GUCCUUUCUCUCUAUACUGGCGCUUAUGAGAUUUACAAUAAACAAUUGGAGCAAUAUAUAUUUUUUUCGCAUGCGGUGGGGGGGUGUAGAGUAUUGAUUUUGAAUGGCAACCAAACCUAUUCUAACCAUAGUGGGAAGGUCGAGAUUUAUUCUGUGGAUCCUCCACGAAAUGAAUUUUGACCAGUUCAGGCCGGAUUCGAAGCUGCGUCGCUAGACUCGAAAAUGUUAAAAUUUACGCUUUUACACGUUCGAGCAUCAAGAGCUCAUGUCAGGAUAUUAUAAAGAACAUUCACUUUUUUAUCUCCUCAUGUUUGAGUGAUCAAUUUAAUAUAGUCUAUACCUGAUCAUCAGAGUUAACUGUCGUACGUGACAUUUUACAAUAGAGCGACUUUAAAGUUUAGUUUGCACUGAAUUGCUUGAAGUAGAUUGUCGUCAAUAUAUUUUAAAUAUUUUUUUACAUCUCUAGCUUAUUUAGGAUAAUUUUCAGAAAAAUUCUAACACGAUAAUGUAAUGAAACUCAGAAAAUGUGACUUACGAUUGUUUAAUUCUGUUGUGUAGAUACAUCCUUCUAACAGAUGAUUCAUAUCUAAAACACGUAAGUUUAAUCAUUUUUUAAAAUGGUAUUAAAACUUGACAAGAUACUUAAGAAUCAGUUUUCAAUCCUCUUGAAAAUCGAAUCAAAAAAUUUUAAACCCACUAGAUAACGAAAAAUCAAACAUUAGUCUACACACUCUUCACCCGAAUCUUCUGUAAAUAUAUAAUAACGUCAAUAACUACUUAAUGUCGAAUCGGAAAAAAAAACGUUCGGAGCCAUUUUGAUGACUAACCAUCACGUGACCGUGCGACCUUGAUAUCAGCUGAGAAGCCGAUAGUAAAGGCAUUGCAAGGAAGCGUUGGACUAAGUAUGGCCGGUGAGUGUUGACAAGUGGUUUGUUGAUAGUGGAUUCAGAAUAAGAUUUCGAUUAGCAUGGAAUCGUUAAAAUAAAUUGGUUUUAACACCAAAAUAAAAUUAUGAGAUUCAACAAAAUAUCUUUGAUUAAGGCUGAACGACAAAAAAAAUAACCACAUCAUCAUGGAAGAAGAGGCACCUAACAAUUUCUGUGGCUCACGAUUUUGGGACGCAAAUAUAACAUGGAAUACAGAAUCACCACGUUUGACACAUUGCAUGGAAAAGACAGUAUUUUGGAUCCCUUGUUUCUUUCUAUGGAUAUUCUUGGUGAUUGAUUUAUUCUACAUAUAUACCAGCAAAUCGAGAAAUAUCCCUUGGAAUUGGAGAAAUAUCCUAAAGCUUGUGUCUCUCAGCCUUCUUAUGGUUCUAAAUGUAUUUGAAUUCUUGUACAACUUAUUUCGAAGUGAUCCAACGUACCCCGUUGAUGUAUACACUCCUGUGAUAAAAGCUAUAUCCUUGGCAUUAUGUAUUACAUUAGUAAUAUUCCACAGAAAACAUGGCCAGAGAACGUCCGGGCUUCUUUUCUUAUUCUGGUUCUUAGUGGCAUUCUUAGGAUUUUCAUCGUUUUACACCUCCAUUGAGGGUCAAAUUUUGGAUGAACAGACAGAAAUAUUGAGGAUAUCAAACAUAACAAGCUAUUGCUUGUCCUUCUUAAUGCUCUUGCUUUACUGCGUUUCAGACCUGCCACCCACGCAAUCAGAACAUCCUCCAGUAACGAAUUCUAAUCCAGAGGAUGGGGCACCAUACCCUUCUCGGCUUUUACUGUCUUGGUUUGAUACAAUGGUGUACAAAGGGUACAAGAGACCAUUGGUAGAGAGCGAUCUUUGGCCGAUGAAGUAUACAGAUGCAGCUACACAAAUUUUCAAUCAUUUUAACAGAUUCUGGCUCGCUGAACAAAAAAAGAAAAAUAAAGAAGCUGAUAAGUCGUCAAACAUAAGAAGAGGAGUUAACGGAGUUGAUUUUGUUGAAGGUCACAAUGUGCCCAAGCCUAAGAAGCAGGCUUCAAUCCUCUUUGCUCUAUGUAAAGCAUUUGGAGGACCUUACCUCUUUGCUAUGUUUCUCCAAUUUAUUCAGAUAUUGUUGCAAUUUGUCAGUCCAGAACUUCUUAGACGAAUUAUAAACUUUGUGUCAAGUGACGAGCCAAUGUGGCAUGGCUAUUUUUAUGCUGCUAUGAUGCUCCUUCUAGGAAUCGUGAUUCCUUUAAUCCGUAACUAUUCUGAUUUGAUUGAAAUGACGGUCGGACUGCGCACUAGGUCUGCCUUGGUAUCAACCAUUUACAGAAAGUCACUUAAACUGUCUAAUGCAGCCAGAAAGGAAACUACUUUGGGUGAAAUAGUCAAUUUGAUGGCAGUUGAUUCUCAAUCUAUAAAUCAUACAUUGACUUAUCUAAGUUAUUUGGUCUUUGCCCCUUUAGAAAUAGGAUUAGCUAUGUACUUCCUCUGGCAGCAAUUAGGUCCUAGUGUCCUUGCAGGCUUAGCUGUCAUGCUUAUCAUGAUUCCUGUUAAUUCAUAUAUUGCAAGAAAAAUGAAAAGUCUUCAGCUGGCGAGAAUGAAGACCAAAGAUGAAAGAAUCAAAAUGAUGAAUGAAGUACUUUCAGGAAUGAAAGUAUUGAAGUUAUAUGCUUGGGAGCCAAGCUUCAUCGAGAGAGUUUUGAAAAUCAGGGAUAAAGAAAUCAAGCUAUUAAAAACAAAUGCUUAUUUAAGAGCAACAACUUCGUUUCUUUAUUCAUGCAUUCCUUUCUUGGUUACAAUUUUGACAUUUACAGCAUAUGUUCUGCUUGACAAAAACAACAUCCUAGAUUCAUCAAAAGUUUUUGUUUCUGUUUCGCUCUUCAAUAUUAUGCGAACUCCUUUAAUGAUGUUUCCCGCUCUGCUACCGAGUGCUAUUCAAGCAGCAGUAUCGAUAAAAAGAAUAAACAAGUUUUUAAAUAGCGAAGAUUUGGAUUUAAAUACUGUUUCUCAUGAUACCAAUGAUGAUGAACCUUUAGUAAUGGAAAAGUGCACAUUCUCAUGGGGAGGUGAUGAGACACCGACACUUCAUAAUCUUGAUCUGAAAAUAAAACCAGGCUCACUCGUUGCCGUAGUUGGUGCCGUUGGUUCUGGCAAGUCAUCUUUGAUAUCAGCUUUCCUUGGGGAAAUGUUUAAAGUAUCAGGCAGAGUCAACACACGGGGAACAAUAGCGUAUGUGCCACAAUUAGCAUGGAUACAGAACUGUACCUUGCAGGACAAUAUAUUAUUUGGAAAGACUAUAGACCGUAAAAAGUACCACAAAGUAAUUGAUGCAUGCGCAUUGAAAACAGAUUUAGAGAUGCUUCCUGGUGGAGAUCAAACUGAAAUUGGAGAAAAAGGUAUAAACGUGAGUGGUGGACAGAAACAGAGAAUCAGCUUAGCGAGAGCUGUAUAUUCCGACUGCGAUGUCUACUUCUUAGACGAUCCUUUGAGUGCAGUCGACAGCCAUGUUGGUAAACAUAUAUUUGAGAAUGUCAUAGGUCCAAGUGGAUUACUUUGGAAAAAGACAAGACUCCUUGUUACUCACAGUAUUACCUUCUUACCAGAAACAGACUUGAUCGUUGUACUCAAGGAUGGUUCAAUAUCAGAAGUCGGUACCUUCCGUGAGUUGCUUAAUCGGAAAGGAGCAUUCAGCGAAUUCCUUGUAUCACAUUUAAAAGAGAUUGAUAAAGAAGAACUAGAAGAGUUGGACGAUAAUAUAAUUGAAGUGAUAAACACCGAUCUUGAACUUCAUAGACAAAUCAGCCAUCAAAAAUCUACCAGUAGCUCAAUAACAUCCUUACCUUCGCUAACAAAGAGAAGCAUUUCACAACUUUCCGAAAAAAGUACCAAUGAAAAAUCAACUGGCCAAAAAUUAAUUGAAGAAGAGAAAGCUGAAGUUGGAAGGAUACAAUGGAGAGUUUAUGCUGAUUAUUUUAAAGCUGUUGGAACAUUACUGUGUGCAAUAUGUUUUGCUCUUAUUGCUAUUAAUCAGGCAAUUGAGGUUGGAUCUUACGUACUCUUAUCUAAAUGGUCAGAUGACAAGGAUUCCGUUAUCAAUGGUACCCAAAAUAUUGAAAAAAGGAACAUGUACCUGGAGUUAUAUGGAUUGUUAGGCUUGGGAGAAACUGUUACCAACUUCAUUUCUUCACUGAUCUGGUACAUUGGCUCAGUUAAUGCUAGUAGACUGUUACAUUCAUUGUUGUUGAUGAAUAUUAUGCAUUCUCCGAUGUCGUUCUUCGAUACCACUCCACUAGGAAGAAUUCUGAAUCGUUUUUCCAAGGAUAUUGAUGUACUGGAUCGUGAUAUACCUAUGAUGUUCAGGCAGUGUUUUACAACUAUAGCACCGUUAGUUGGAACGAUAUUUAUUAUUAGUUAUUCUACACCGGCUUUUUUAAUUGCCGUAGUUCCUAUUGGACUUCUUUAUUUUUGGAUUCAGAAAUGUUACAUUGCUACUUCACAACAACUAAAGAGAAUUGAAUCUGUAACCACAUCUCCAGUUUAUUCACAUUUUGGUGAGAGUGUAUCAGGUUCUUCAAUCAUAAGAGCAUACGGUGCUCAGAAGAAAUUCAUCGAAGAAUCUGAACUGAAGUUGGACGUAAACCAAUCUUCCAUGUAUGCAACUAUAGUUGCUGAAAAGUGGCUUGGUAUAAGACUGCAAUUAAUUGGUGGUUUGAUUUGUUUUAUUGCAUCACUUUUAGCAAUCAUCGGUAAGGAUUACUUGAGUCCUGGAAUUGUUGGACUUUCAAUCAGUUAUACAUUGGAGAUUACAAUAUUAUUAGACAUGUUAGUUGUCAUCGUAGCAGAAGUUGAAUCUGACAUCGUAGCUUUGGAGAGAAUCAAAGAAUAUUCCAACACAUCCCAGGAAGCAGCAUGGUCCCUCAUUACGAACAAUGUAACAGCUGAUUGGCCAGAAGAAGGUAAAGUGGAAUUUUUAGACUACACUGUGCGUUACCGUGAAGGGCUAGACUUGGUGCUUAAAGGACUCAACCUUUCUGUCAAAGGUGGCGAGAAGAUUGGAAUAGUGGGGCGUACAGGUGCUGGGAAAUCAUCCGUUACAUUGAGUUUGUUCAGGAUAAUUGAAGCAGCUGGUGGAAAAAUAUUAAUAGAUGGUGUGGAUAUAUCAACCCUCGGUCUACACGCUCUGAGAGCUCAUCUCACCAUCAUUCCUCAGGAUCCUGUGCUCUUUUCUGGUACUUUGAGAAUGAACCUCGAUCCUUUCGGCAAUUACAACGAUGAACAGGUUUGGAGGGCUCUUGAGCUAUCCCAUCUCAAAGCUUUUGUAAAAGAGUUACCUGCUGGUCUGCAGCAUGAAGUGUCUGAAGGAGGUGAAAAUUUAAGUGUUGGUCAGCGACAGCUCAUUUGCCUUGCUCGAGCUCUUCUCCGUAAAACGAAGAUUUUAAUACUCGAUGAGGCGACUGCAGCAGUUGAUUUGGAAACGGAUGACUUCAUUCAGAGAACGAUCAGAUCAGAGUUUGCUGAUUGUACUGUCUUGACGAUAGCUCACAGGUUGAACACAAUUAUGGACUCGGACAGAGUUCUUGUCUUGGAUCAAGGGAAUGUUUUAGAAUUUGAUUCGCCUAAAGUCCUCCUUAAAAAUAAGUCUUCGAUCUUUUAUAGUUUGGCCCAAGAUGCUGGGCUUGUAUGAAUGUCGGUUCCAGAAUGAAUAAUUUAAUUUAAAAAAAAAAAGAAAUGUGAAAGCGCAUUAUUGAGAAAUUUUAUUAAUGAAGAAUUUUAUUCUCACAUUAUUAAAAAGUAAUGGUAAUUGAGAAAAAUUAGGACACUUGAUUAUUAGAACGAUCAAUGAUUUCUAAUUCACUAAAAAUGACUUAUAAAAAAACUUAUAAGUGUAUAAAAAAAAAAACAUUGAUGCAAUUGUGAUUUAUAUCAUUGAAAAUGGAAGUGGGGGAAUACAUGGCUGCCUAAAAGACACGCAAUGAAAGAAAAAAGAUAUUUCUUGGAUUGAAGUUUUAAAGUUGGAAAUACUAUAUGUUUAAAGUUGGAUAUGUAUAAUAUCAAUGGUAUCGGGUAGACUCUGGCAGUCUGUAGCACGUCUCAACCGUUAUACUUUAAAUUUAUAGAAAAAAACAGUAUUAUAGUAUUUAUAUUGUUAUGACCUAAUCACCCAAGUACCCAAUUCGUAAUUACAUCAGUGGAACUUGAAUUACUUCUUAUUUACAUUACUUGUUAACAAGUCUUCUUGCCUUAUUUGCUACGAACUUUUGAAUAAUAGAAAAUUCAAUGUUAACCUUCUGUCAAUAGUCAAUAUUUGUUUUUGACUUUUGAAUUAUAAAUAACACAAGCAUUAAAAAAUUAGGCUAUCUUAUCAGAUUAUGCUAUCUUAUCAGAUACAUUAUAUUAUUUAUUAUAAAUUAUUUUUUUUAUUUAUUCACAUAAAUUAUGUCUGUGUCUCUUUCUCAUAUCACAAAAUUUGUUAAUUUACAAUAAGCUCAUUUCUGUAUUAUUUGUAACAAUUGAAUCAAUUGUUGCAUUUUAAAAUAAAACUUUUUAGAAAAUUC